GUUAAUUACUAUAGUACGGAAUUAUAAAAAAAAGAAAUAAGAAAUUGUACUAUAAAUGCCUCUUAUCGCUCAUUUUACUGCUCCGUCUUAUGGGAUUACUUGGGUUCUUUUGUUUCUUUUAUUUCGCUAAGACUCAGAGAAAUUCUUGGGCCAUCCGUUCGGUAGGUGAAACGUGGUGGGGUGUAUAAUUAAGUUGUAGUCCAUCGCCGGGAUUCUUUUGCGAUCGGAGGGAUGUCGAUCGCGCUGGAGAGGAGGAACGGGAUCGGGGGGUCGGAGUUCGGCGGGGGGAUCCCAUGCUUCCCGACCUACGAGUCGACGGAGGGGAGGCGGAUCGAUCGGCGGGCGGAGGCGGCGGCGGCGGUGGCGGGGAGGGGGGUGGAGGAGGGGAAGGGGGAGUCGUCGUUUAGCUCGUCGAUCGGGCGGAAUAGUGAUUGCUCGGCGGCGGGUUCGGCAUCGGACGGGGACGAGUCCGGGGAGACCGAGGUGCAGAGCAGGUAUAAGGGGCCGAUGGAGACUAUGGACGCGCUGGAGGAUUCGCUUCCGAUCAGGCAUGGCAUCUCUAGAUUCUACCGUGGCAAAUCCAAAUCUUUCUCAAACCUGGCAGAUGUGUCCUCAUUUUCCUCUGCCAAGGACCUUGCCAAGCCAGGGAAUCCUUACAACCGCAAGCGCAAGAAUCUUCUUGCCUUCAACAUUAUGUAUGAGAGGUCUCACAAUAACGAGCUCAAAAGCAUGGAAGGUGGCAUUUCCAAAAGGCCUGCCGUUUCCAGCCGAUGCACAUCGGCCUCCACCAUCUCGAUGAGCUGCUCUGAGAGCAAUAGCAAUAGCAGUGAAGAGGAGCAUGACCCAUCUCGGCUUCUCCCUCCCCGUUAUCCACGUAGCAAAGCUGCUGCCAUAAUUGCUGCAGCCCCAUUUGAAAAUUCCCCGCCAGAAAAGUUCUCUUUCACGAUGAGAUCAUUUUCCUUGACAGAUCUUGAAGGUGCGGUCAGUUCAAGCUCGUCCAUUAGCCCCAGCGAAAAGCACAAGAGGAAGUAGUAGGUCCUUUGCCUUGGUUGCUCCUUGUCCCAAAUAUUUUGGAUCAUGGGUGUUGGUGGCCAAGAUGAUGACGUCAAAAUGUUGGUGGUGGUGGUGGUAUUUAUACGGUUGGGCUUCUCUUACUUGUUCUGUCUGCAGAAAACUUGAUGUUGGUAAUCUAGAUGGUCUCUUGGCUUCUUUCUUGUCAGCAAUCUCAUCUAAAUGGUGCCUUGUGCUUGCGUUUGCUCUAAA